CAUCUUUUACACACAAGUAAUGAACACUAGAAGAGUUAGCAGCCAUGUCAGGAGUUAAGUUUGUUCUCUUCGAUCACACCGGUAAAGUAUAACACCAGUGACUUCAACGUUUUAGACGUUUAUUCAGUCACGUGUUUGUGUGCGCAGUAUUUUACACGUGACGCCGACAUUUAAACCAGCUAAAGUGAGCAUUUCCACAAUAAAAACAAGGUCAUGUAACAGACUAUUCGUGCAGGACAGAGUGAUGUAAACUACAUGUUGACGCCAGUAUUCACGUUUAAUGACCCAGUAACUGUACACAGAUAAUAGCGUUGUCACUCUCAGAGAUGUACCAAGAAGUACACAAAGAGGCCGACACGUUGAACAAAACACACACACACACACACACACACCAGCCCUGUGAUGGCGUUCACUGUGUUUGAGUCUGUGUUGCACUUCUUUGCUGUCCUGUGUUGACUUGUGUCCUGAGUGUCCGUGUCUCUGACCGCCUGCUCCUCCGUCCCCCGUCCCCCCUCCAGGUGAAUAACGCCACCGCCAGGGUGAUGACCAACAAGAAAAUGGUCAGCCCCUACCCUAACGGAGAGGCUCUCAGCACGCUGCCUUACGCAGCGGGGUGGAAAUUGAGUCCCAUGAUGGGGGCCAUGUACGGACCUGAGAUCUACGCAGAUCGCCUGCUGACUCUCCUUUCUCGUCCUUCAGUCCCAGGGUUCCCAUACCCCUCAGCAGCAGCGGCGGCAGCAGCCACCACAGCGGCGGCGUUCCGCGGCGCCCACCUCCGGGGCCGCGGCCGGCCCGUCUACAGCGCGGUGCGCGCUGCCGUGCCUCAGCCCGCCAUCCCCACCUACCCUGGGUAAGAGUAGAUGCGCUGCUUAUGAGCCGCAGCCGCUGGCUUCGCACGCUUUGAAGCCGUGGCCGGCCCAGAUCUGCGGUGUGCGUUUUACGCGACGCAAUUUUAGAAAAACGAGUCGAGAUCGAGUGUUUUGUUCAGGAGCACCUCAUGAAUACCAAUUUUCAGAAUCAUUUUUUGCGGAUCCUAUUUGAGCAGCUUAACACGCGCUCACACAUUAUUCACUCUUCACUCUCUUCAGCGGUCCAACUGGCACAUUGUCAGUCACUUCUCAGGCCAUUCAGCAGCGAGUUGAUGGUUCAUUUGAAUAAACUCCCAGAUACCCCAUCAGCAGAUUAGCAUAGGCACACACCAAACCACGCUCAGUCAUUACACAGAAGCAGUCAGAUUUGCUACCAAUUAUUCAAAAGUACCGUGAGACGUUUUUUUUGUUCAUUUUUUUUUUGUCCCCUCAGUGUGCGCACUGUGCAUGUCGAUGCUGUGCUGUGAUGAUUGGCUAAUGGGGUUGCAACUGCUACGAUAUUCAGAUCAAAGCGGAGUUGAUUGGUUAAUGGCCUCGUGGCUGCUCACUGUGAUGAUAAUCAAAUGAAGCUAAACAACAUAAAAUUGGGAGGGAGGGAGGGGUGCUGCAGGAAAUACCCUCUCCAUAUCUGCUCCACUGAAAACUGCCAUAAAACGAUCCAUCGGCGGCCCCUUUACUACCUUCGUUUUCUGGAAGCCGGGGAACAACAGCGCUUAAUGGUCUCAUUUCAGUUCAAUGAGCUCAGCGUAUGAGCCCCACGAGCUCGUCCUCUCGUGCUUCUGGGUUCAGUUAUGGAGCUCAAAUGGAAGUUGUAUUUCCUCUGCAUGCUGCAUGGGUGUGAAAUAACUACUUUUCUCUCU